UCGGUUGCUACACGCCUGUUAGCAUGUAGCUCACGGGGACGAGUCAGUUGUCUUUUGGUGUGUUUGGAAGUUUGUGGUCUGACGUUUCCUCUGCUGUCCAACGGUCUAAAUGUACACGGCUGCUCUUGAAGUUGAACUUCCUCAUCUUGCGUGACGAGUGAAAUCAUGCAGCUGUCACAUUUCCUUUCAUGGUCUCUGCUCUGUCUGUCUGUCUGUCUGUCUGUCUGAUGUAGCUCUUUAUGCAAGUCAAACUUAAAAAAGAAGAAAACACACACACCCUCAGAAUGGAAACAGAGAGGAAAUCUUCACACGACAGAAAACGACACAGAAUGUCUCGACUGGAGAUAAUCUUUAUGUUUGUGCUUCAGUUUCAAGGCAUCACAGGAGAAUCCGUCAGUCUCUUUCACAGACCUGGACAUGAAGCCCUUCUUCCGUGUGACACCUGGUCAGCAAAUGGUCCGUCGUGCUCCAGAAUACACUGGUUACACGCAGAUCGACAGCUGCAGACAGCGACUUUGGUCGAGAAAGGAAAUGUAGUGAAGAAAAGAGUUCAAGCUGCGAGGCUGCACCUGAAAGCCAACUGCUCUCUGCUCAUCAGCAACGUCACGGCCGAGGACGCCGGUCAAUAUGGUUGUCGACUGAAUGGACACCCUAUAUCAGACCAAAGUGUGUUUCUGAACAUUUUGACAAUCUCUCCGUUAGAACCGGAUCCUGAACUAAAGAGCAGCGGUGAUAUGAUGCUCCAGUGCUCUCUGUUAUCAAGCGCCGGUUUCUCCUGUGGGGAGAAGAACUUCCACUGGUUGGACGAGGCAGGGAACGCACUGUUUGGUGAAAGUGUGGAUCACAGGGACGAGUGUGUCUCUUAUCUGACUGUGAGCCGUCAUCAGAACACGAGGUACACCUGCCAGUUUGUUGACAAGAACAACGAGGUGAAGAUAGAGGGCGACUACACGCUGGUUUCCAAGGGUAACAAACGAUUUCAAGAUCACCUGCACGUCAUUGUCGGCGUCGCGGUCGCGUUGGUGCUGGUGCUGCUGCUGGUCGUCGGUGCGGUUGUUCUCAUCAAGUGCAGGGAAAGAAGCAAACGUAAAGACGGUUUGCAAACAGCAAUCCACCUCCAUGAGGAGACAGAGACCGAUGUGACGUACACGACUGUCACCCACAUCAGUCAAAGUGCGCCUCCUGUGAAAAAGGGCAAAGAGGAAGAGUCCGUGACUUAUUCUACUGUUAAGUCUCUGGUGAAAGCAGAAGUGGGCGAUGCUUCACUGUAAUGAAAAAUGACAGAGAUGACGCUUGAUGAGACUUGAUGAUGCCAAUUGUGGCUGAAGGGAAGUUAUUUAUAUAUUUUUUUACUGGACUCAGAAACACGACCUGUCGACCUGUUAACAAACCAAUAAACAAACGUGCCCUUGGACAAUGAGGUCAAAGAUCGCCUGUCCCUGACUGUCUCAUCAUUCUGGCUCACAUCUACACAUCUACACGAUAGAUUACUUUUUAAAUUAUACCCCACCCCCCUAGUCUCUCUGGGGUCUCUCUGAGAAGAAUGUCUUUAUUUCCUUUGGUAAUAAAUUAUUUCUUUGCUUUGAAUAUUAUUUGAAUCAGAACUGGUGAUUUUCUAUGGUCUCUAUAUCCUGCGUUUAUAUAUUAAUCUGAUUGUCCUAUUCUGCAUUAUAUGCAGUGCCGGCCCUGAGUAAUUUGGUGCCCUAGGCAAGAUUUUAGCUGGCGCCCCCUUGCAUCGCAGCAGUCAAUUUCACAAUCAACUUUCAUACAAUCACACAGAAACUGCAUGUGUGUAUUCAAGAUUUUAUUUCUUUGAGUAAAAAAUAUCACACCAAAUAAAAACUAAAGAAAGAAACAAGUGAUAAAAUUAAAAAGGACAGGAGCACCUGAUGCUGUGUCACUGGGGGUGGUACUGAAAUAUUUUUAAAAGUGCAUCUGAAGAGAGAAGAGAAGUAUAUGUGACGACUGCAUGUUACAUUUUAAUAAAAAAACAGAUGCUUGGUGUGCUAUACAUGAGACUAAUAUAGACUAAUAAUGAAAAUGUGAUGAGAUUCAUUCAACUUUAUUGUCAUUGCAAUGCAAUUCAGUCUAACCAGAGUGCAAAAACCAGUAAAGUGCAGUGAAAUGAACAUAUAUGUAUAUAUAGCCUAUGAAUGAUAUGGGAAAGCUAAGGUAUGAAAUAUUAACAGUAAUACACUUUAACUGCACUUUAACACUGAUGUAAACUUUAACAAACAUAAACUGUGACACAUAAAACCAAAGGCUUACAACCACCCUAUUACAAAGGGGAUGGACAACUUAAAGCAUUUUAACUGACAUACAAGCAGGAAAGACACCUGUAAAAUAACACCUGAACAGGCCUAAUGUUAAGUUUCCAAACGUCCCUGAUGAAUUUAAGGUGGAGUAACAUUAACACACGUCGACUCAGCUAUUUAUUGAUUAUUAAACAAUGUUGCUAUCGUCCGAAGUAAGCUAGCAAGCUAACACUCUGCUCCAACAACGGUAACUACGAUGCAUUAUUUAAUAAUCUUUGCUAUGACUUUAUGUCGCUGUGGGCUUAUAUAAUAUUUCGAAAUAAUAGUAAUA